AUGACGGAGGAAGAUCACAAUGACCUAAAAUCAAUGAUGGACAAUGUGAAAAAUAAAGACAUACCAGAAAAUAUGAAACUCCUAUGGGAACAGCAAGCAACAAUCAUGUCAACAGCCUCAAAGACACAAUACAGAUGGCAUCCAAGAAUCAUGAAAAUGUGCAUAGAACUGUACAGUAAAAACCCUCAUGUUCUUGAUCCUAUAAGGAAAGUUUUGCUUCUUCCCAGCAACCGCACAAUACGAUGUUACAAAAACAAAGUGGAUCAGGCACCUGGUUGGAAUGACAACCUACUUCAAUGGUGUUUGGAGGAAGCCAAGAAAGCAAAUCUAAGAAAAGAAGACUACUGGGGUGCAUUUGUUCUUGACGAAAUGAAAAUCCAGGAAGAUAUACAGAUGGUCAUUAAAGGUGGCAAACACAGGCUUGUGGGGUUUGUAGACCCUGGAAAAGUGCAUGAUGAUAUGGAAGUGCUGUCUGGUAGGUUUUACGUAAUGUACUUAUAA